AUGGCUGAUGCCGGCCGCGGAGAUAGCCGCGUUUCGUGGUCAUCCGUGUAUUCCAGACAACCGAAACUCAUCGCAGCGGAAGAUUCCUUCAUUCCUCAUCAAUUUCAGAAAGUCAUCAGCAGUGCAGUUGGACAUGAACCGAUCGAGCCGAAACUAUCCAAGAAUUGGCUCGGGACUCCCGUACUGAUGCUUCCAAGCAUAUUUCGCUAUAUUCGUUACGUGAAGCGUCAGGAAGGAUUCACUGGUUGUUAUCGGGGCCUAAGUGGAAAUAUCGCAACGCAUGUCGUCCGAAAUUUCACGUAUGAUUACGUGGAACGCUGGCUGUAUGCGACCGAUGAAGACGAAGAAGGGCUCAACGACGAUCAUGAUGAUAAGAAAAAAGCUGGAUCGCAGAAUGAAAUGACGAAAAAUCUCAUGAAGCAAGUUUGCGUGCAUGGAGUUUCGAUCGUUGUCAGUCAGCCGUUUCAUGUUAUAACCUGUCGCAUGAUGGUCCAGUUUGUCGGCCAAGAGACAAAAUACUCCGGACUUCUUGCGUCUGUGCGUGAGAUCUAUAACACGGAUGGAAUUCUUGGAUUUUUUGCUGGUCUCGUUCCAAAGCUAAUUGGUGAUAUUUCGUUGGUUGCAUUGACGCACUAUGCCAAUUAUUUGAUUUGGCGCUUGGCGAGCGAUCCCAACGUUCGAACAAUUGGCCCGUAUAUUGCGUCGAUGGUUUGCUCCUCGAUAAUGUAUCCUUUCACUAUUGUAUCCAAUUGUAUGGCCGUCAAUGACUGUGGUCUGGCAGGAGGAAUGCCGCCACGUAUGCCAGUCUACACAAAUUGGAUCCAUUGCUACUCUCAUAUACGAAGUCUUGGUCAGCUCAACCGGGGGGGUUCACUGGGCGGUCGUUAUUACGUCUAUGGGCCUUCUGCGAUCAGUCUUGCAUCUAGUCAAAAGAAGCGGCUUGAUUGAACCCGUGGGAUAUUUUCCAGUGUCAAUUUAGCUGCUCUAAAGAAGUUGAGCGUGUUUUUGUUGAGCACGGAAGUGAAAGCGAUCGCUUGUUGGUCCUCAUUCCUUGCUCUUUUAGUCGCAGUCCUUUCAAGUUUAUUUGUU